UGACAACUUCCCACCACCGCCACAACAUUACAUUUAAACUCCUCGGUGCCGUUUUAACACAAAUCGCCACAUUUGUAACAUUUGUUAGCUGCUUUGAGACACAGACAGGAUGCGGGUUCAUCGCACCGGCCGGUGUUGUUGCGCCUGUGUUACAGUGAGUUCACCCGGUGACACAGGAAGUGCUUUAGAGCUUUUGUAUUUGAUGUGAUAAUGAACCGCAGGCCGUCACCAGCUGGGAGAUAAACAACGGCACGCUGUGGGUGCAUGUGAUUAAAAUGCCCUAAAACCAAUCCAACAUGGUGUUCAGAAGAAUCUGCAGACUGGUUCCUGCUGUCUCUGUGUCUCUGGCGUUGCCAAGACACGCAGUCAUCCGCCGCAGCAUGGCCUCGGACCCGGCGGCCGCAGACACCACCCGGUUCGACUUUCUGGUGAUCGGCGGCGGAUCUGGAGGUCUGGCCGGCGCUCGGAGUGCUGGGCGGCUGCUCGGGAGGGUCGUCGGAGCUCGGAGCGAACCGGCCUUGUGUGUCAAUGUUGGCUGUGUCCCUAAGAAGGUUAUGUGGAAUGCUGCAGUUCAUGCUGAGUAUCUCCACGAUCACAAUGAUUACGGAUUUGAUGUUGGAAAUGUCCGUUUCAGUUGGGAAACUCUCAAGGCCAAAAGGGAUGCUUACGUUAGUCACCUAAACCGCAUUUAUCGCAGCAAUCUUGAUAAAGCUAAAAUCCAAACUAUUCAAGGUCAUGCCAGGUUUACAAAUGAUCCUGAACCUACUGUAGAGGUCAAUGGAAGGAAGUAUACAGCGCCUCACAUCCUCAUCUCCACUGGAGGGCAGCCUUCUGUUCUGAGUGAAACUGAAGUUCCAGGGGCGAGUCUGGGCAUUAACAGCGAUGGCUUUUUUGAACUUGAAAGUCUGCCAAAGCGCAGCGUGAUUGUGGGUGCAGGUUAUAUUGCAGUGGAGAUGGCAGGCAUCCUUUCCACCCUCGGGUCCAAAACAUCCCUCAUUAUUCGACAGACAGGAGUUUUGAGGAACUUCGACGCCUUCAUAAGCGCAAACUGCACCAAAGAACUGCAGAACUCUGGUAUAGACCUGUGGAAGAAUACUCAGGUGAAGUCUGUGUGUAAAACGGACAGAGGACUAGAGGUGACGCUUGUCACCAAAGACCCCGAGAAGAAGAACGACGAAGAGAAGAUCAGAACCAUCCAGGAAGUGGACUGUCUCCUGUGGGCCAUCGGCAGGCAGCCUAACACUUCCGGACUGAACAUCGGCGAGAUGAAUGUGGAUACAGAUGAAAGAGGCCAUAUUAUUGUGGAUGAGUUUCAGAACACCAGCCGAGCAGGGAUCUACGCUGUAGGAGACGUUUGUGGCAAAGCUCUUCUCACACCUGUUGCCAUUGCUGCAGGCAGGAAGCUGGCACACAGACUGUUUGAAGGCAAGAAGGACUCCAAGUUGGACUACUCUACCAUCCCCACAGUGGUGUUCAGCCACCCACCUAUCGGGACUGUGGGCCUCACAGAAGAGGAGGCCAUUAAAUCUAGAGGAAAGGAGAAUGUGAAGAUCUACAAGACUUCUUUCACUCCAAUGUAUCACGCCAUCACGAGCAGGAAGAGUCAGUGCAUCAUGAAGCUGGUGUGUGUGGGCAAGGAGGAGAAGGUGGUGGGCCUGCACAUGCAGGGUCUGGGAUGUGAUGAGAUGCUGCAGGGUUUCGCGGUGGCCAUCAAAAUGGGUGCGACCAAAGCAGACUUUGACAAGACUAUUGCCAUCCACCCCACCUCAUCUGAGGAGUUUGUCACGAUGCGUUAAUGCAUACACAAACCCGCCCCCCUACCUUGCUUCCCUAUACAAUCAGAAACCCAGACCAGCAUACCAGGACAGAGUCACUCCUCCGUACUACUCACGCAUCAGCUUGACGACUUGCUUUCUAAAACUACAUGCUUCCAUUUUCUCUCAUAUAAGUGACCUUGUUUGUGCGCAGUGUUUUAAUUUUUACUCCUUUUUACCUAAAUGGACCAAGACCGAGUUAUGGCCUUUCUCAAACUGUACUGUGGGUCUUGAUUAUUAUUGAUUGAAUAUUCCGGAUUCCAUUUUAAUGAUUGUGAAAUGGAAGUGAUGGAUCUGCAGGUAUUCUUGUCAAGUAAUCACACGGGAAGUCAAAAGACCUCUCUCCUAGUGUAUGUGUUUGAUUUGUGAGUCAUUCACUGCUGCUCCUUAAGGUACCUAUUUACUACCAAUGCAAGGUCAUAACAUAUCUACUGUACUGUUCUAAAGAUUCAAUAAACCUGCAGGUUUUUUCUUAA